AUGGGAAGUAUUAAACAAGGUUCAAAUUUACGUAUAAUACACGUUAAACAAAUUGAACCACCAGUAACGUUGAUUAGACCUCCAUUCGAAGCAACGAUUUCAACAAAUAGCAAUUCAUAUAAAAUUCAAGCUGUGAAUGAUGAUUUCAACCAGAUGAAUCUACAUGGAGAAGGAGAUUCCAAAGCGACACAAGCCCCACCACCUGCUGUAGCCAAAUCUAAACCAGUAGCUGCUGCAGCCGCAAGUGUGCCACCACCGACGCAAAAGAAAGACGAAGGUUGUGGUGGCAAUGCUUGCCCAAAAUGUGGCAAGUGCCGUGAUUGGUAUUAUGACCGCAAUAUCGAUCGUGAUUUGCAACGUUGGAAGUGUGAUAGCAAUUGUGAUGAGAUUUUCGAUGAGAAUAAUUGGCAUCGUCGUUCUGGAGCGACUUGUACUGUUAGUGCUUUUGAUGAUGGUCAACGCGUUGUUUAUUAUGUUUUUUGUUAUCAUAAUAUUCUUUCUUUUCAUCUUACUAAUGCUUAUGAUGGUCAUCAUCAUGCUUCUUUUCGUGAUAAUCAUCAUGCUAUUAAUUAUUAUGGUGAUAGGAAAAAUAUUCUUAAUAGUCCUGGUGGUCAUAUUGAUCAUGUUAAUCAUCAUAAUAUUUAUGGUGAUUGUGUUGGUGGUCAUAAUGUUUGUACCUGUAAAUCUUCUUAG